CAGGCCGGCGGCUGGCGGCCCUUCUCGCCCCGCCGCCCUGCUCCUGAGGUGGUGGCCGCCUGGACGGCCGGGCCGGGCCAGGCAGGGACAGCCCCUCUCCUGGGCUCGGCUUGCUGCUGGCUGGAGCGCAGCGCGUUUGGGGUGGAGGGCUCCGAAAUCCCCGCUGAAGAGAGGCAGCUGCGGUUGAUAAGGCUAUUUCCAGCUGGAGAUCAGUGUGCUUGUGCUGAUUUUCCGAUGAAGUACAUCCUGGUAACUGGUGGUGUCAUCUCAGGCAUUGGCAAAGGAAUCAUUGCAAGCAGCAUUGGCACCAUACUAAAAUCAUGUGGUCUACGUGUCACUGCAAUCAAAAUUGAUCCCUACAUAAACAUAGAUGCUGGAACCUUUUCACCAUAUGAACAUGGUGAAGUUUUUGUACUGAAUGAUGGUGGAGAAGUUGAUUUAGAUUUGGGAAAUUAUGAGAGAUUUUUGGACAUCAAUCUCUAUAAAGAUAACAACAUCACCACUGGAAAGAUAUAUCAGCAUGUCAUUAAUAAAGAAAGACAUGGUGAUUACCUGGGAAAAACUGUUCAAGUUGUUCCACACAUCACUGAUGCAGUUCAGGAAUGGGUAAUGAAUCAGGCAAAAGUUCCGGUGGACGAUGACAGAAAAGAGCCACAAAUUUGCGUAAUUGAGCUGGGUGGAACCAUUGGAGAUAUUGAAGGGAUGCCAUUUGUUGAAGCAUUUAGACAGUUUCAGUUCAAAGCGAAAAGAGAGAACUUCUGUAAUAUCCACGUUAGUCUAGUACCACAGCCUAAUGCCACUGGUGAACAGAAGACAAAACCAACACAGAACAGUGUUCGAGCAUUGAGGGGUCUAGGCUUGUCUCCAGACUUGAUUGUCUGCAGAAGUGCAAAACCUAUAGAAAUGGCAGUGAAGGAAAAGAUUUCCAUGUUUUGCCAUGUGGAGCCCGAGCAGGUGAUAUUUAUCCAUGAUGUUUCUUCCACUUACCGAGUACCAAUCCUGUUGGAGGAGCAAGGCAUCAUUAAGUAUUUUAAACAGAGGUUGAAUUUGCCUAUUGAUGACCAGCCAAGCGAUCUUCUAAUGAAAUGGAAGAAAAUGGCUGACAGAUACGAAAGGCUGUUGAAGGUGUGUUCCAUAGCUCUCGUUGGCAAGUACACAAAACUAAGUGAUUGCUAUGCAUCUGUCUUCAAGGCUCUGGAACACUCUGCGCUGGCAAUUAAUCACAAACUGGAUUUAAUGUAUAUAGAUUCAACAGAACUUGAACGUUCUACAGAAGCGGAGAACUCAGUGAAGUAUCACCAGGCAUGGCAGAAACUGUGCAAAGCAGAUGGCAUUCUGGUCCCAGGAGGGUUUGGAAUUAGGGGAACAGAAGGCAAACUCCAAGCUAUCUCCUGGGCAAGGACAAAGAAAAAACCUUUUCUUGGAGUUUGCCUGGGAAUGCAAUUAGCAGUUGUGGAAUUUGCAAGAAACUGUUUGAAUUGGAAAGAUGCAAAUUCUACAGAAUUUGACCCAGACACAAAAAAACCUGUUGUUAUUGACAUGCCAGAACACAAUCCUGGAGAUAUGGGUGGAACAAUGAGACUGGGGAAGAGGAGGACUAUUUUCAAAACAGAAAAUUCUGUUUUAAGGAAACUUUAUGGUGAUGAAAUGUUUGUAGAGGAGCGACACAGGCAUAGAUAUGAGGUGAACCCAGAAUUGACUCAUUGCUUUGAAGAUAAAGGUUUGAAAUUUGUUGGCCAUGAUACGGAAGGGAACAGAAUGGAAAUUAUUGAACUGGAGAAUCACCCAUAUUUUGUGGGAGUUCAGUUCCACCCAGAGUUUUCCUCAAGACCCAUGAAACCUUCACCUCCAUACCUUGGACUGUUGUUAGCAGCGACUGGGACACUCAAUGCAUACCUGCAACGUGGAUGUAAAUUGUCUCCAAGUGACAGCUACAGUGACCUCAGCGAUGACAGCUCUCCAGAGAAAGAGUUCUCUAAUUCAGAAAUGAGCUGAAAUGAUUGUAUGAGAUCACAGAAAUGGAUGAUGCUGCUGAGAAAGUUGGGAACAGGACAAUAUUGAAUAGAAGAAAGUUGAAGAAGCUGCUUAUAGUCUUCAUAGUGUCUCCUCCUAUACGGUUCUCAAUAAUUCUCUUUACAGAUGACAGUUUUACUGUUCCGUAUAAAUGCGGUUUCUCUUUAAAAAUUACAAAAUGGUUGUGCACCUUAGCUGUUAAUCACUAUUGAUCUUGUCCUAUAUUUCAGAAUGAUCUCAGGUGAAUAUGUAUUAAUUCACUACUUCACAACUGUUCUUGAUUUGAAGGAAGAUUUGAUUGUUUUCAGUUUGCUUUAGAACAGGAAGACAAAAUGCAUUAGUUCUUGUGAAUGAGAGGGAAUGCACUAAAAAAAGUAAGGGAAAGUUGUCUUAUCCAUGAGCAGAAGAAAACUGUUUCAGGUUUGUUUCCCUAUUAAGCUUGUUGUAUAUAUAUAUUUUUUUACUUUUUUGCUGUUCAAUAUGUACAAAUGAGAAAUUGUUGCUGUAUUUCAGCUCUUUGUGAUUAUAAUAAUUGAUGUUGGAUACACGUCUUUUCACUUUGCUUUUAUAAGUGAUUUCACUUUACAAAAGCUCAAGUCCAUUUGCUCUAUUUCUCCUGAAAGUCUGAUAAUGCUGAACGUAAUUCUGACCAACAAAAUUACAGAAGUGAUAUUAGAAGGUGGUUUUGUAUUUGUAUUUUGUAAGAGAGAAAGUAAAUACACUCAUAUGUUAAAAUGUAAUUUGAACACUUGUAUGAAAGUUGUAGAGGAACCACUGAUUAAUCUGGAGCAUUAUCUGGGCACCAGCCAUGCAACACUCAGUUAAUGUCAAUAAAUUAAUGUAAAGGUGAAUUAAGGUUCACCCUUGUUUUCCCUCAUCCAGUGACCACUUCGUGGUCGUGGCACUCAUUCCCCAGUAGAAUAGAACAAUAUAUUUUAAUUUAGAAAUCACAAAAGUUAUUCUACUGCAUGGCGAUUGCAGGCAGCCCUGCAAAGCCAGGACUGCAGCCUGAAUUGCUGAGAGAGAAAGGGAAGGUGAGAGGUGCUGUACUGUGUUUACGGCUGGAUCCCCUUAGCAAUGUGGCAUCAUCAGACCUGUCGCAGAAGCUGGACCUGAGCUAUGUAACCGACGGCCUCCAAAUGCCUGGGGCACCCUCUGCUAUAAAGAAAACUCCUGAAUUUUGAGCUUUGUGUUUCAUUUUAGUUUUGGGCAAAAUGACAUUUUUAAUUCAUCAAAAGGUAAAUAUUUGUAUAAAAAUUAAAAGCACCACGUCCCUUAUUACAGCUUUGUAAAACAGUACAUUUGAGAGCUUUGCAUUGCUUUAGAAAAUCUCGGGUCACACAGGCAAUUUAUCUCUUCACUAAAAAAAGCUUUAAUGCUAAUGCAAUAUAAAAUAUAUUAUUAUGGCAGUGUUUUUCUAAAGUGAUCUGAAAAUGUGUGCCUUAGAAGUAGCAGGUAUUGACAGAAUUGAUGUCACUGUAUGUCUUCCCCAAUGAGAGACACUGCCAACUGGUUCGUGAAAGGUGAAGCAUUUCCUAAGAUUGUCUGUAAGUGCAAAUGAUUUUUCAAAUAUAUUAAAUUGUGUUACUCAGAAGUCUUUAGAUACUGUGUUAAAGAAUCAUAGUGCCAGUUGUGAACUGUGGUGUCGUGGACAGAAUUUUUCAUUGAGUCGCGUCUGAGUUGCAUCGUCUGUGAGAAGCUGUGAUUUAUCCAAAAAAAGGAGGGGACAAAAAGACGUACAACCUGGAGUGAAGCUGGAAACAGCACCUUAGUCUCCCGGCGCCUUUGUCAGUCCUCUUCCUUCUAACAGUCCUAUACAAAGCAGUAUCCUGGAGAUAAACACAUCACUGUCACAAGGGAUCCGUCUCCCACUUGAACUGACAGAAGCAGCAGCAGGCCAUUUCCAAAAUGGAAGAAGGCAAAUGAGCCUUUUCCAGCCAAGUCCUGGUCUGCAUUAGGAGUAUUGCCAGCAGGACAAGGGAGGUGAUCCCUCCCUGCUAUUCAGUCCUAGUGAGGCCGCACCUGGAAUGCUGUGUUCAGUUCUGGACUGCCCAGUACAAGAGAGACAUGGGCAUACUGGAGGGAGUCCAGCAAAGGGCGCUACGGUGAUUAAAGGACUAGAGCAUCCCUCCUGCAAGGAAAGGCUGAGAGCGUACUGGUUUUGUCUGGGAUAGAGUUAAUUUUCUUCAUAGUAGCUAGUAUGGGGCUAUGUUUUGGAUUUGUGCUGAAAGGAGCGUUGAUAAUACAGAGAUGUUUCAGCUAUGGCUGAGCAGUGCUUACACAGCCCCAAAGCCUUUUCUGCUACUCACCCCACCCCACCAGUGAGGAGGCUGGGGGCCCACAAGAAAUUGGGAGGGGACCCAGCUGGGACAGCUGACCCCAACCUGCCAACGGAAUGUCCUGUACCAUAUGACAUUGUGCUCAGCAACAAAAGUUGGGGAAAGGAGGAGGACGGGUGGACAGACGCUCUGAGUUAUGGCAUUUGUCUUCCCAAGCUACUGUUACACGUGAGGGACCCCUGCUCUCCUGGGGAUGGCUGAACACCUGCCUGCCAGAGCUGGGACUGUUCAGCCUAGAGAAGAGAAAUCUCAAGGGGGGAGAGGGGAAAUCUCACCUAUGCGUAUAAAUGCCUGGAGGGAGGGUGCAAAGAGGACAGAGCCAGGCUCUUCUCAGAUGUGCCCCGUGACAUGACCAGAGGCAGUGGGCACAAACUGAAACAGGAGGCUCCAUCUGAACAUCAGGAAACACCUUUCCCACUGGGAGGGUGACUGCACUAACACAGGUUGCCCAAGGAAGUUGUGGAGUCUCCAUCCUUGGAGAUACUCAAAAGCUGCCUGGGUGAUGGUCCUGGGCAACUGGCUCUAGUGGCCCUGCUUGAGCAGGGGGGUUCGACCGCAUGACCUACAGAGGUCCCCUCCAACCUCAAACAUUUUGUGAAAUGAGGCAUGAUUGUCACAGGCAACCUAUAGUUAGGCUUCUCUCACUAAAGAGAGAGGAGGAUGUGAAAAAGCCAAACCUUACAUACACAAUCCAAAGUCUGAAGAAAUAAUUCCUAAGCAUGGAUGAAGGGUAAAGCUUGAAGUUAUCCUUCUAAAUCAAAAUAUUUGUGAAGCGUGCUUUUUGCAUUAUUUCAGACCUCUCAUCCUGUUCGAGUAAGGCCUUCAGUGGAAAUGUAUUCAUUUCCAUUUUUAUAUUUACACCUAAUGCUGCAUUCACGCAGAGAGCAGUAUUUUGUUAGUGCUGGGGCAGGACAAAAAAAGACAGCCUGCUAAUGCAGAAGUACACACCGCAUCUUAACAAAGCGAGAUCGCGUAUAUGUUUUUCAUUUGCAUGUGAAUAGUGGCAUUUGGAUUCUUGUAAGGGAUAACAAUGAAAUAAAGCAGUUUGCUUUUGUGUUUUCAUUCCAAAAUUGGGCAUGUAAUGAAAGCAAUGUAGAAAGAAAGAUAUAGUUACUCUGAGACCAUUGAUCUGCACCUGUGAUUUUUGUGAUCGUGUCUUGAUAGACUUGGAUCUAUUCUUUCUCCUUGGGAAGCAUGAACUGUUGAGCCGGUAGCUUAAUAUACUGAACUGUCUAGGUCAGUACCACUGGUUAAAACUCUUUAGCAUAUACUUGGAGCACAGCAAGGUCUGAAAUCUGUGUUUUCCAUCCUAUGUUGUGUCUGUUGCUUAGGUUCAAGGGCUGUAUUUGUAAUAGUAAAUUAGGGCAGGGACAUUAGUGUCUUUUGAGCCCAGCUGCAGUGGCUGAGAUUGCUUCUCUACAGCUAAACUUUCAUGGAUGUACUGGAGUGAGACCAGUGAAGGACUGUAGGGAUGGAGCAUCCAUUAUAUGAUAGGCUGAGAGAGUUGGUGUUGCUCAGUCUGAAUAAGAGGUGGCUCAAGGGGGAUCUUAUCGAUGUUUAUAAAUACCUGAUGCAAGAGGAAUAAAGAAGACAGAGCCAGACACUUCUCAGUGGUGCCCAGUGACAGAAGAAAAGACAAUGUCCAGGAACUGAAGCACAGGAAAUUCUACUUAAAGAGAGAACUUUUUUAUGCUGCAGAUGGUUGAACACUGGAACAGAUUGCCUAGAGAGGUGAUGGAGAUCUCCAUCAUUGCAGAUGCUCAAAACCCAACGGGACACAGUCCUUGACAACUUGCUGUAGCUGACCCCGCUGUGAGCCAGGGGUUGGACUGGACAAUCUCGAGGUCCCUGCCAGCCUCAACUAUUCAGUGAUUCUAUGAAACUCACCUCCUAAGGGGGCCGCAUUCAGGCUGACUGCUGGGAAAGGUCCUUAGUGCAUGCUAACUCUCAGAAAGGUGCCUAAGGGAGAGUGCCAGAUACCCUGGGAGAAAGCUGUGCUAUAUUUUGCCAGAGUGGAUGGUCAUGUACCUGUUUCUGGGCAUGUUCUGUGAGCCUGUGUAUUUUACUAGCCUAGAGAUAGCUAAGCUGUGUUGUCUGGGAAAACCUGACGCAAAGAUCCGUCGGGUGUGGUUGUUGGGGGCUGAAGAUCAGUUGGGUGCCAGGAAGAUGUAUUUGGUAUGUUAGAGGAUGACACUUAAAAUCUAUGCCUACCUCAUCCAGAAAGCGGUCCUGUGCUGAUACGCCAGCUACCCUCAAGUUUUCCUUCACAGAAAGUUUGGUAGCUUGGUUGAGUUGGAGCAGAGGCCGUGCUUGUCCGCAAACAAGGGGAGCAGCAUCCAGGUUUGGAUGGGACUGCAGGGUAGGUAUUGCACUUAACCGAUACUGUGUCUUGCUGAAUAUCUAUUCUAGUCAAGAAUUUCAUCUCGACAGCAUAGAUUCCUGUUUCGCUGUGAUCUUUACAUGUGAAGUCCUUUAGCAUCUGCUCGACAUAUUUUAGCUUGUAUUACCUUGAAGUUGAGGUUUCUUUCCUAGUUUAUUUAGCAGCUUGGAGAGAUAACCUUCAUGUGCUAAUGUAAUGCCUGCAGAGGUUGAAUCUAA